UGGAUUCUGGGAGCACAAACACACAUAUCAGCCAUUUUCAGUUUGCUGUGGUCAUCCUCUCUCACUCCAGCACAAAGAUCUGCCAACUGUCGAGCUGAAAGGGACGAGAAGGAUGGACGAAGCGAAAGCGGGUCAUCGCGCGCACGGGCGUUUGUUUUGCUGAGCGCGUCAAAGACAAAAGCGCAACGGACGGACGCGCAUCCUUACGGCCGACCCGUCGCCGGGGAUUCAUCUGAUAUCGUUUUAUUGGACGAGUCCGGCGGGUGAUGUCCGCCAUGGUGUACCCACGAGAAGAGACGCUGGAGCGGCUGACGCAGGACGAGAUCGUGCUGAACACUAAAGCAGUGAUGCAGGGUUUGGAGACGCUGCGAGGGGAACACGCUCAGCUCCUCAACUCCAUCCUGGACUGCGCUCAGCCGGCCGUCGCGCAGGAGAAAUCCAGCCUGCUCCGCAAGAGCCUGGAGGACAUCGAGCUGGGACUGGGAGAGGCGCAGGUUCUGGGUAAGUUCCACCCUGACGUGGCGAAGCAGCUCAAUAAUCUGGCCCUGCUGUGUCAGAAUCAGGGCAAGUAUGAGGAAGUGGAGUAUUAUUACCGCAGGGCGCUGGAGAUCUACGAGAACAAACUGGGCGCCGAUGACCCCAACGUGGCCAAGACCAAAAACAACCUG